CGGGCACGGGGAUUUUGAAUUGAUGGCCACGCAGUGCCGGGUGAAUGCGGUGGUUUUGUCUUCCCUUUAAAUAUAGCGGGGAAUGGCCUUACCGAGGGUCCCUGGGAUGCUGGAGCAUUUGGCUGGGAUUUAAACAUCUGUUCGUCCCCACAGGGCAGAGAUUUUAGCCGGGGUUGGGCUGGACCGAAAGUCAAAGUCCCCCCUAUUCCCUGGACCUGGGGGGGGCCUGUGGUUACAAUUGACUGGUGCAUUACCCACACACACUACCAUUUCUUUGCAGGUGAAGUGGUUUGUUGAUCUAGUCCGAGGAUGUCAGAAGAAGAGAUGGAACUGUCCGGGGAGUCAAACCUUGCCUCCAACCUCCACAAUUUCAGUUUUGAUGUGUCAUGGUCCACCAAUGCAAGGUCAAUAAGUCCGCCAUUGUCACGAAGACAUUCCACAGUGCUCUCCCCUGCCAGAUUUGUCCUGCCACGAGGACAGACACACAGUCCUGCCCUAAACUCACCUUUGACCCCUGGAGCCCUGACUAUGAAGGGCUGGAAGUCACUGGUACUAAGGGAAAGGCCACUGAACUGCAGCACACCAACUGUUAAGGUAUCACAGAAGACCAGUGAUAGCAGAGAACACAGUGGCCAAUUCUCCCCUAUGGAAGUUGACAAAGAGAAUAGUUUCGGUAGGUCAGAUGUAGCUGACAGUUUUCACACAAGUGGGAGUCCAAAGCUUCGAAACAGACACAGUGACUUUGGGGUGACCUACAAUUUAGAGAAGAAGAAAACUGAUAAGCCUAAAAAGUCUAUGUUAAUCAUUCCAGAAAAAGGUCAGCCCUAUAGAGAAAAGUUAAACUCUAGUCAAGUUAAAAGAAAAAGCUCAAAAGCUUGUUUCAGUACACUUGAAGAUUCAGUAUUUGAUUCAAGCAAUGCAAACAAAUCAGUAAAUACAAGUUCCAAUAUGUCCGGGCUUUCGGGAAGUUUUCUCGAAGGACGAAAGAAGACGGUGUCUCUUGCCCUUGUUCUUACUGUUCUGGUUAUAUCCCUUGGUAUUGGCUCGUAUUUGUAUGCCAACAUUGAAACGUGCGCUAUAUUUGAUGUUGAUGUCGUUAAGUUGUCGCAUAAACUUGAAGACAAUGUGUUUGGUCAACAUAUUGCCGUUAAGAUUGUAACAGAAAUGCUUGAACAAUUCAAGCAUGAUGUCAUGGAAGGUGGAAAUAGACGAAGUCUCGUUAUGUCAUUUCAUGGAUGGACAGGCACUGGGAAAAAUUAUGUGAGCAGAUUUAUAGCAGAAGCGUUUUACAAUGCACGGGUGACACUGUACCUUGCUCCAUUACAUUUUUCAAGGAUAAGCAAGGAUCAUGAUGGACAGAAGGAACUUCGAUCCUGGAUUUUAGGCAACAUAACACAAUGUGGCGUCACUGUUCUCAUCUUUGACGAGGUUGAUAAAGCGGAAAAAGGUCACUUACAGGCCAUCAAGGACAUUAUUGUGCAUCUGCGUGAACAAAAUAUUGAAAGGGAAGAAAAUGCGGAUGAUGCUAAAACUGUCUCAAAGAGACCUGUUACAGUAUUUCUAUUUCUAAGCAAUUCUAAAGCUAGUCAAAUUAACAGUUAUUUAUUUUCACAAAUUUUAAAUGAUAGGGAACGUGAUUUGAUUAGAAAAUCUGAGUUUGACGAUAUUUUUGAAAGGAGUAACGGGGAAUGGUUUGAGGAAAUAAAAUCAGCUCAACUUAUCGACACAUUUGUGCCAUUUCUGCCACUUGCGGAAAGUCAUGUGCGUCAGUGCAUAAUUCGGGACUUUAUGCAUAAGGGACGCGAUCCAAGCUUGGUGCUGGUUUCUGCAGUAAUGGAAGAGUUGUCUUUCUUCGAUAUGGGUGGAAAAAAUGGUCAGAUAUCACUGACUGGGUGUAAACGGGUCAGUGAUAAAGUCGACUUGCAUCUGGAUGACUAGAAUAUGGAGUGCUAGGUAUUAGUUUGUAUUAAGAUUAAUUGCAUGUGAGGUAAUUCAAACAAAGUUUAAAUAUCAAACAAGGUUUAAAUUGGAUAUCUCCAUGUAUAUAUACUCCAAAUAAGAUCUCUUUUUUUUACUUUGAUAGACAAGAAUUCAUAUUUAAAGAUAAAAACGCACUUGUUUACUUUUUUGCUGUUACAAAUUUUUAUUUAUUUUUAUCACAUUGUAAUCAGCAAACUAUUGAUUAUAAAUUCUGCAGAAUUUAUUCUUGCUAUGUAUUUUUGCAGGUAGAAUUCUUUGUUCUUAGAAUUAUUAAUUUGUCAAAAUGUCUUUGUUUGUUGCAUAAAUUUUGUUAAUUUGUUAUUUUGACCAAUAUAAGUUUUCCAUGAUAAAGUCUUUCACAAUAUAUUACAAUUUGAUAUAUACAUGUAUGUUGCUGUUUUCACAAAUUGCGUUUAUUUAUUGUGUUCCUUUGAUAUGAUUAUGAUGCAAUUAGCCUUUUCUUUUAUGAAUGAAUGUACAAUCCAUUUGUACAUGCACUUAAUGCACAUGAUAACAAAAGAAGUACCAAUACCACUGUCAGGGUAAACUUGUAACCCUUUGAACUUGUACCACGAUUUAGACAAGUCAUCUCAGACAAGUCAUCUCAUACAUGCGUUAUAUAUUACAACUUACCGUAGUAAUUAUUUAUCUUUUAAUGCAAAAUUUAGUGUAUUGAUAUAAGUUAAUGAAUGCCUGAUUACAUAUAUAUAUAUGUAUGUAUUUCUUACCUUAUUUCAUAAUUUAGACCCAAUUAAAAGUGCUUUUUUAACUGACAGUUUUUUAUAUAUAUCAUAUGCAAAAAUAACUCUUGUUUACUCGCAAGAAAGCACACUUUACAUAUAUACAGGUCUUUUCUACUGUUCACCAUACAUAUGAGGUGACUUGGACAUCGUAGUCCCGGUAUGUGUUCAUAUUGGUUACAAUUUCUCCUGCUACCAUGCAUAGCAGGCGAGGUGGAACGUGAUAUAUUUUAACUUCAGAAGUAUUUAUACAUUUAGAUUGAAGUAUUAAUACAUGUAGAUUGUCCCUGUAUUUAAAUAUGAAAUAUGUGAGAAAUUUUCUUGUAAGGCUAGAUUUGAAUGAACUUUGUUUAUAUACAAUUAUUUAUGCAUUUUAUAAAGAACCAUGUUCUGUCUGCACGAAUAACAUGUAUGAAGAA